AGAGAGAAGCAGGACGGAAAAUACAACAAGUGAAUGAACUGUUGCUCUGCAAAUAAAGUCGCUGUGCAGCGGGAUUUCUGCAGGGCGGAAGUCGGCCAAAGUCACUCGUCAGGAUGUGUGGCUUUAUUUGAAGGGACAUUACGCGACUUUAAACCAUUUUAUACUGUUUCUUUUUUUUUUUUUUGUCCGUGUGUGCUCGGACUGCCCGUGAGCGCUGCCCGGAGCGUUUUGCAUGCUGUGGUCCGGUCUGCAUGCCGCAAUCGUGGAUCUAAAGAAACUGCAAGUUUGAAUAUUAGUGAGACUUCAGCUGAACUUCACCCGAUCCCGAGAGAGAUAAGUCUGUGAAGGAUUCCAUCCCGCCCGGAGCAGUUUUCUGCGGCGUUUCCGUCUGAACCCGCAGCUUGAAAAUCCGAAACAAGAAGGAAAUAAAAAAACUCAAUUCAGAGAUUUGAUGCACUGUAAUAAAAAAAAAGAAAUCAGCUGACUUCGGAAAAAGAGAUACUUUAAAAAAAAUCUGUAACCAAUCUGUAUUUAAAUUUGAUCUAAUCCAGGCUCCUUAAAAAAAUUACAUUCAGAUCUAAGAAAGGUGUACAGCUGAUCAACACAAAAAGGGAGGAAGGAAGAAAGGCGCUGAGAUUUUGCAGUUUCCUCUUUUCUUCUCAUUCCUGUACAGGCAAAUACAGCUCCUUUCCCCAUAUGUGGUGGGUGAGAUGAACUCCAGUGGGAAUACUGUAGACCCCACCUGACAGUUCUCUGCCUGAGCAACUAAGCUUUUCACUUGAGCCACUAUAGAGCUUGUUUAAAAAAAGAUCAAAUCAAACAUCUGAUUUGAAAUCUUUGUUAUUUUUGGCUUGCAGAAUGAUGUUUUAACUCUAGAAAGGUUAAAAGCUCCAGACAUUCUGAACCAGAGAAAAGUGAAAAGUGAAAUGUUACAGAACAAUUACUGAACAUCAAGAAAUGGAAAAACCUUUUUUUCUCAUCCAUCCUAUAUCAGAUUUUUUCCUGUCUAAGACUUUUCAAUCCCGACUUUAGAAUAGAGGCCAACUUCUAUUCUCUGCCCGUCACCAUCUCACACAUUCGACUGCCACCCUCUUAAGUAGUGACUAUCUGCCCAAAGUUCAGUCUGGCAGGCACAACCAUCCCAGCUAAGGGGGAGGAGGACUUCCUCACACUGGCCGCCUCCCGGCUCAGCCGUAAAAAACGAGUUAUCGGGGCUGGAGUUGGCGUGGCAAUGGUCCUGGUCCUACUGGUGGCCAUUCCCCUAUUGGUCCACACCACCAAGGGGGGAGGGUCCGGAGGAGGGGGCACGCAUUACGAGAUGCUUGGGAGCUGCAAGAUGGUGUGUGACACUUUCACCCCCCCACAGGGAGAGCUCACGGCCGUCUCCCCUCAGCCCCCGGACUUCCAAAACCGGAGGGGCAAACAUGGGCUCAAAGGGAGCCCCGGACUCCCUGGUCCUCCAGGUCCUAAGGGCCCCCCUGGAGAGCCUGGCAAACCUGGCCCACCUGGACCACCAGGGCCUGGACCUGGAGGUUAUGGCCAGUCCCUCUACAGUCCUAAAAUUGCCUUCUAUGCCGGUCUUCGGAAACAACACGAAGGAAGUGAGAUACUGAAGUUUGACGAUGUGGUAACCAAUGUUGGGAACUACUACGAACCAAGCACGGGCAAGUUCACCUGCCCUCUGCCUGGCAUCUACUACUUCACCUACCACGUCCUGAUGAGAGGAGGGGACGGUACGAGUAUGUGGGCUGACCUAAAGAAGAACGGGCAAGUAAGGGCGAGUGCAAUCGCUCAAGAUGCAGACCAAAACUACGACUACGCCUCCAACAGUGUCAUCCUGCACCUGGAUGUCGGGGACGAGGUGUGUGUACAGCUGGAUGGAGGCAAAGUUCAUGGAGGAAACACCAAUAAAUACAGCACCUUCUCUGGCUUCCUCAUCUACCCUGACUGACAGUAUUCUCACAUUUCUAUACUCUCUUUCCUCAAGCAAAAAGUCUCCUCUCCUUUCUGCAUCUAACACACCAUGCUACCAUGAUGUAAUAUGCCAUUUCAAUGCUGUCCAGUACAAAAAAACAUGUAAUAACAUGCUAACAAAUAGAGUUUGAAAAGAAUUUCUGUAAAAAUGAAUAUAGUUAUGUAUAUAUCAACAGUUAACAUUUACUUCUGAAUCACACACUUGUGUAAUCAUUAUUCUGUGCCAUGUACAGUAUGUGUAAGGGCAUCCUAAACAUCUGUUUCACAUGCUUGUACAAACACAUGCACACACAGGCACACACAUGAAUUGAAUUUCUCCUAUUGCUUGCUAGGCUGAGACAAGAUGACAAUUUUAGCCACCAGUCUGAAAUCGACUGAAAUGAUCUCUGAAUGUAGCCUGUAAAUUGAAGUGUGUGUACUCGGCUGCAGCCUCUCGCCUUCACUGUGAGAUGGAUUUCCAAACAAGAAAAGUUAUGAAUAUAUUGAUUGCAGCUGAUAAUACGGUCAACACAGUGAACAUAAUCCAGUGUGUUCAUGCUGUUUGAGAGCACGUGUGUGUUUGUGUCGGGCUGUGAAAGCAUCACGUAACAGUCCCUUAACGCUCAGGGUAAGUCGAUACUGAGGUUUAGCUUUGAGAUUUUCUCUGAGCCAUAGCUUAUGACAGUCUCAUCAUGUCCUGCUAAUGAGCAGGACAGGAUACGCCAUGUCACUCACUCUCACACCUGGCACCCAUUGCUGUAUGACUGUACUGAAAAAGUUCGACAUGAUAAGAAAUAGACAUUUGCUUUUUUUGUAGUAUGUUUAUUGGCAUGAUUGAUAGCACUCUCAUUUCAUUUUGACACUACAGGAAAUGUAUCUAAGCCGAGCAUAGGAACUGGGUUUUUUUGUAUGAAGUGUUUUCUGACCAUGAAAUCAAAGUGAGAACCCAACACCAGAGGUUGUCUAUAUAAAUAGAUUCUGAAUACAGACGAAUACAGGAUCCAUAGGCAAGAAAAAGAUUUUGGGGUCUGAAGUGUUUAGGUUUCCAUUCACAAUGUAACAUGCGUAACUUUGUACACUUUUGUUCCGGCAUUGCCUGUAGGCUAUGCAAGAAAGCAAUCUGUGUAUAAGAGGAUGUAAUGAAAUCCCAGUCCCCAUCAUGCGAUGUCAAUUUAGCUGUUUUAAUCUCGAUAAACAUACAUUUGCAUAUAAACAAGCUAACGUGCUAACGUUCAUAGUCAACGACUGUCCAUUCUAUAACUCAAAUCACCCAUAUAAACUAUGGCCAUUGCACAGAAAAGAUUACCAUCUGAAUAACAUCUGGUCACACUGGAAGACCUGAAAAUUGUCCAUUGCUCUGAGAGGUUAUGUUGUUGUCUGCUGAUAGCCAAUGGGUUUUGAGACUUCAAUGAAGGGAGCGAAACACCACCUGUUCCAUUUUCUCAUUCAGAAACAUAUAAAUAGUUUUUGUAACAAAAAAAAAAAAAGGUAGAGAGAGAAGUUCAUUUCCUGGCUCCUUCAUAAACCCUCACACAGCUGACCAAAUACAGCGUUGAUUGUUGAACAGGACUUGCAGGUUAAAGCUAACAACAUUGGGAACAGAGGGAAACAGCUAGCUCAGCUCUAUAUAAAUGAAAUGCAGUCCAACCACUGGGCUUUAUAGCUCACCAGAUAACAUGUUACCACUUCAGUUUUAUAAAAAUGUAAGUAUUCAAAAAAACAAAAAAAGAAGAAUGUUUGUGGGUUUUUUUUUUUUUUUGGUAGGCUUAUUACAGAAAGAGCUAGCCUGGCUAUUUCCUUCUGUUUUGAGUCUUAAGCUAGCUGUCUUCAGUCUGUCUGUUGUUAUCAUACACGCAUGAGAGUGGUUUGAAUGUUCUUGUCUAACUAGCUUAAUAAAGCAAAUCAAGGUAGGCUAAUUCAUUCAUCUUACAAAGAAUGAUUUAACAUGCAGGUAGCUGUUGGUGUUUUACUGCCAUAUACCACACCUCAAGGUUUUCUGUGCCUUACACUAUCGUUUGGAUGUGUGAACAAGCAGAUUUCUAUGAUAAGUCCAUGUAAGUUGUUAAUCACUUAUCACAGAAUCUAACUGAGGACAUUGACUGUCAAUCUUUGUAUGUAAAAUAAUGUAGCUCAUUGCUGUAAAAAAAAAAGAAAUGGAAAAAAGGCCCCAAAAUGGAGACGGAUUCUGUUCAGAUAGAAACACCUGUUGGAAUGAACAACAGAAGCAUGUUUAUGUGUAGUUAAAAAAAGGAUUUCAAAAAUAUAUAAAUACAUUGAUGUAGACAAAUUAUGACAUUCAACUUUUAUUUUCAUGACCUAUCCAUUGUGCCAAGUUGCAUCCUGUGUGUGUUUUCUGACGCUGUUGCCUUUGUUCACGAGCCAUGUGGUCAGUGUACUUUGCAGGCUGAGUUGUGUGUGUAUUUGUUAUGUAUGAAAUCAACAUGGAUUUUUCUCUGCCCUUGAUGACCAUGAAACACAAUAAAGAAGAAAAGAAAAUU